GAGAUCAGCUGUGAUUCUCUGGUCUCAGCUCUGAAGUCCAACCCCUCCCAUCUGAAACAUCUGGACCUGACUAACAACAACCUGAAGGAUUCAGGAGUGAAGCAGCUGUGUGGUUUUCUGGAGAGUCCAGACUGUAGACUGGAGAAUCUGAAGUUGAGGAGCUGCAGUUUGUCAGAGAUCAGCUGUGAUUCUCUGGUCUCAGCUCUGAAGUCCAACCCUUCCCAUCUGAAACAUCUGGACCUGAGUUACAACAACCUGAAGGAUUCAGGAGUGAAGCAGCUGUGUGGUUUUCUGGAGAGUCCAGACUGUAGACUGGAGACUCUGGAGUUGAUGAGCUGCAGUUUGUCAGAGAUCAGCUGUGAUUCUCUGGUCUCAGCUCUGAAGUCCAACCCCUCCCAUCUGAAACAUCUGGACCUGAGUAUCAACAACCUGAAGGAUUCAGGAGUGAAGCAGCUGUGUGGUUUUCUGGAGAGUCCAGACUGUAGACUGGAGACUCUGGAGUUGAGGAGCUGCAGUUUGUCAGAGAUCAGCUGUGAUUCCCUGGUCUCAGCUCUAAAGUUUAACCCCUCCCAUCUGAAACAUCUGGACCUGAGUGAAAACAACCUGAAGGAUUCAGAUGUGAAGCAGCUUCUUGAUCUUGUGGAGAGUCCAGACUAUAAACUGGAGACUCUGGAGUGGAGGUCAGAUUAA